UCAGUCUGCCGUCUGUGACGCAAAUGCGUGCUCGUUCACGUCGUCCCGCAAGGCACGUUCAAGCGGACGACGUCCCUGCUGCGUCAUUUGCGCGCCGCCACGCUCCCGAUGCACUUCUUUUCCCGAAAGCCUAAAGAUAGAUGUUCCGCUUUCAGUCCCUGGAUGAAGACUGUACGUUGGAGGAGGAAGAUGAGGGACCGGUAGAAGAGGAAGAUGAAAUUGACCAGUUCAACGACGACACCUUCGGAGCUGGGGCCAUUGAUGAUGACUGGCAGGAGGAACACAAACGCCUCGCUGGGCUCGAUGAUGGGCGCGGGCAAGGAGCGGGACUGGGGUUAGGAGGAGAAUCAGUUCUAGGAGGAGCUGAGGACUCAUCCUCCACCCAUCUCCCCUCCUCUGCGGGCCAUCUCCCCCUUCCAUCUUCCAUCCCUUCACUCAAGUUCUCCUCGUCUUCCUCUGGACUGCCUCCACCAGAUGUGGAGGAUCGAGGAGGGGAAGGUGACUUGGCUGAGUCCCUGGCCAGACUCAUCCUGGAAGCUGACCCAGCCAUCGCUGGGGUCGGAGCAGCCGAGAGACCCGGUCCACCCCCCGGCUCUAUAGGAGCCAGCCUGUCCGCUCUACAGGGCCUGGACCGACCCAGAGUCCUGCCGCAUCCCUCCUCCAUCCCACAUCCCACUCAACAACACCAGCAUCCCCAUCACCCCCAGCACCAGCUGCCUCCUGGGCCCUCCACCUCUGGCCUUCCUCCCUGUACUCUUCCCUCGUCCAUGCUCAGCUACCAACAGCAGCAGCACUUGCUGCGCAGAGGGACUUCUCCUAUGGCCCAGAUGAACUCUCACAGUAUCUGGGAGAACAGUAUGGGCUUUGGGCCGGUCAGUUGCACCCCCGGACUGAUCACACACAUGGAGGAUAGUCCACUAAUGUCUAUAAUUAAGGAGGUGGGUCUUCCUAAACGACCUCCCCAGGGUAGGAAUGAUGAAGGACGGGAUUUUUCAGACAGGGCCCCACCUCCACGCUCUUCUUCCCCUGUGAUUGGCUCCCCUCCGGUGAGGGCAGUGCCUAUUGGAACCCCACCCAAACAGCCAAUGAGCCAUGUUCUGAAUCAUCAGAUCCACCAUCCCACGGCGGUUCAUGUGAGAGCCCCAGUCCAGCACAGAUAUCCUCCUCCUUUCCCUGACCGUGUGUCACCCAACACCCUCCUCAAUUUAGCUAACUCUCCGCUGUGUCGUGGUCCAUUCCCUCCCGGAGUUGGUCCUGUCCUGUCUCCGAUUCAACGGGCCCAGCUGCUCAGCGCUCAGGUGGCUGGUUUUCCUCACGGAGGUCCAGCGCCUCCCAUGUUACCGGGUGGUGGUUUCAGGCCAUUCUUCGGGGGCCCUCCUCCUCCACUUGGUCACAGAAUGGGCCCACCGCCCCCUCUUGGCCCCCCCAACCACACGCAAAUCAUCCGGCACAACACCACCCACCUCCACCCCCAGCAUCGCCGCAUGCUCACCCAGCGCAUGCAGAACCGGGGAGGGGACCGUUGCAGGCCUGGAGGGGACCGGCGCAGCAGAGACCCCUACAGUAACCUUAUGACUCAGAAAGAGAAAGAAUGGGUAACAAAGAUCCAGAUGAUGCAGCUGCAAAGUACUGACCCUUACCUGGAUGACUACUACUAUCAGAACUACUAUGAAAAGCUGGAGAAACGUCAGGAAAGAGAGAGAGACAGCAGCAAGAAAGAACACACCACCAAACUGAUCACUCCACAGGUUGCCAAGGUUGAACACACCUACAGACCAGUUCAGUUUGCAGGCUCGCUGGGUAAACUGACGGUCUCCAGCGUCAACAACCCUCGCAAGAUGAUCGAUGCCGUGGUGACAACCCGCACAGAUGACGAGGAGAAAAGGGAGAAGCAGGUUUGGAAUAAGAGGCGACAGAUCCUCUACACCGUGGAGAAGAUGUACAGUUUGCUGCUGGAGGUUCAAGACUUUGAGAAACGGUUUAUCCAGGCGCCAGAGGAGGACAGGGAGGCUCUUCUGGAACAGCAUAAAACCAACACCAUGCAGCUGUGCAACUCUCUGCGGGAGAAGGAGUGGGACGACAGAGUGAGUGAUGAACAGUGUGUGAUGAUCAUGUCAGUGAGGAAGGGCAAGCGGCUCAUCUCCAGGCUCCUCCCCUUCCUGCCCUCACCCCAGGCUGCCGCCGUUGUCAUGGCGAUUUCCCGCAACCUCCCUGCCCUGGCCAAGAAGGACAAGCAGGACCAGGUGCUGUGCUGGUUAGUGGAGCCGGUUUCUGGAGUGAUCCAGUCAUUGUCGAGCACCGCCCUUACAGACCUGCUCCAGGAGCUCCAGGGCAAUGAGGGCCAACUGGCCACAGUACUGCACAACAAGUUUGGUGUGACACUGCUGUAUCUGAUCCUGAGUGAAGGAGAGAGGAUGCAGAGCUCCGACCCUGACUGUCAACUCAUGGAUGACAAUCGAUGGACCGAGUUGGUGUUUUCGGUGACGAGGGAGUUGCUCAGCGUCCCCGCCUCAUCCCUCUCUCCUCCCCUCUUCACCCCUCCCAACCUGCUCUCCCUCUUCUCACGCUAUGUUGAUCGGCAGAGGCUGGAGCUGUUACAAGACAAGCUACAGAUCUCUUCUUUGACCAGGUAGAAGUUACAACAGACAUCAACACAACCCCCUCCCCACCGGAUGCAGACUUUUCUUUUUGUGUGUGUCGUAUGUAUGUGCGUGCGUGCAUGUGUGUGUGCGUAUGUGUGAGUGCUCAUGAGGUGAACCCAUGGUGGGUUGAAUUUUAAUACAGCAGAACGUCUAGUCCCUUCUGUUUUUUCUUUGUGUUUAGUCUCUGGAGUGUGUUUGACGGUGUGAGUGGGUGACAGUGAACGGCGCAUGAGAGACGGACAGUAUGACGACGAUAAUGAAAUCUGCAUUUUUAAAUAUCUUGUUUACGAUUAUGCCUGUGAUGAACCUUCAAAUUAAAAAGUAUUUCUAUUUCUA